AUGUCGGGAUCUUCAGGGUACGGAGCGGUGUCUCUUUCCCGGGAGUUUGUUUUUGACAUGAGGCAGCACCCGUCUUCCCCGCCCCGCCACGUGUCCGCGCGCUGGUCCGGGGCUUCGCAAUCCGCGCAUGCGCAGCCCGCGCACGCGCAGCAUCCGCCGAAGGAGCUUCUGCGCAGCGACGAUGAGGAUGAGGACGGGAUUGAGGACCCGGAGGACGCGGAACAGCCUCCCCCCGCCCGACGCGCGCACACUGCGUCGGACGCCAUGCGCGGAAAGAAGAGCGCUCGCGCCAUCGGCGGAGGUGCGAAGGACGUGGGGUUUGCGCACAAGGGGAACGGUCCGAUGAGCCCCACUAGCGCAUUGGGGGCAGUGUCGCGCCACCACACCACCAGCAACGCGGAGAGACGGCACAGGGCGGAAGGCGGAGGCACGGGGGGAAGGAGAACAUCGCUGGAGGGCGGAAGCAUGAGUAGUAAUCUAAGCGUCAGCGGCGGGUUUAGCAGCAGCGCGGGGUCGUCAAGAGCGUCGGUCGACGCGCCACAGAAAUCGUCCUCCAGGCGCCUGUCCGCGUCAGCGUCCUUUAACCCGCGCUCCUCGCACGCCGCGACCACGUUCAACCACUCUGGACCGCACGCCGCCGCGCAUUCAGGUCCGCAGGCCGGGCUCUCCCCGCGCGGGGGCGGCCCAACCGGCGGCGGAGGGUCGGGUCUUGGUUCCGGACCUCAGACCAGCGAGGACGCGGACGACGCGGCGGCGGCGGCGGCGGCAGGCGGAGGGACGGCCGGGCGCGCGGCGAACCGAGCUAAGCUGCGGUUCUCCAAGUCGCUUAAGAAGGUCGCGGGGGAGGCGGGGGGGGACGCGGAAGACACUCCGGUGGCGGACUCCCUCCUCCGCCGCCCCCCCGCGCUCGAACUGGGGAAACUCUCCGCGGGGGCGGCAGGAAAUUCGUCGUUUUCCGGGCCAGUGGUGGUGGGGUCGGGGGACGCGGGGCGGGAGGGGGCGCAAGCAGCGGGGGAAGCAACGGGCGGGGAGAGGGGGAGGGCAGCGGGCGGAGGUCCGGUUCUGGACCAGAGCAAGUCGGGGCGGAGGGCGUUCCUGGGGUUGCUCAAGGGGCUGCGCUCGCCGCGCCUGUCAGGCACGUUCGACCUCGCCACUGGCGCGGGGCUUAAAAGCCCCACUGGCGGAGACGACUGGGCCGCGGGCACGGGUGCUGGCGCGGCUGCAGUGGGGGUUUCGCCCAGAGGAGGAGGAGGGGGAGGAGGGGCGGGCGGCGGGGGUGCGGGGGGCAGGAGCGCGAGCCCCGCGGAGGCAGCAGCAGGCGAGCGGAAGAGCGCCUCGCGCCCGUCCCUCUCCCCCCUGCGCAGCCCGCGGCUCUUCUCCUUCAGCGGAUCCAAACGCUUCGAUAAGAGCCCACGCGGUAUAGCGCACAGCCUCACAGGCACAGGGUCCAUGCGCAGUCCCAGGGGGGGAGGGGACGGCGGGGGCAGCCCGGAGGAAUGGACAGUGGGCACUGGCGGGAAAGAGGGCAUCCUAAAACGGGGAUACGCGGACGUGCGGAAGGUGUACGAGGUGGGGGAUAAGAUAGGAGAGGGGCGGCCGGGGGUGGUGGUGUAUGCGUGCACGGCGAGGAGGAGUGGGCGCGCGCUGGCGUGCAAGUCGAUAGACAAGAAGACACUGGAUGAUGAUAAGAAGGCGGAGGCUUUAAGGCUGGAGGUGGAGCUGAUGAAGCAGCUGGGCGUGCACGGGGGGAUCGUGUCGGUUCGGGACGCCAUUGAGGAUGACACGCACGUGCACCUGCUAAUGGAGCUGUGCAGUGGGGGAGAUCUGCUCAACUUCGUGAACACGGCGCCAGCCAUCUCGGAGCAGCAGGCCGCCACCAUAGUCAGGCGCCUGGCCGAUGCCGUGCGCUACUGCCACCGCCAGGGCGUGGUGCAUCGGGAUCUCAAGCCAGAGAACAUUCUCAUGGCUGCCAAGGGCGCCUGGUGGGAUUUACGGGUCGCUGACUUUGGCAUCUCCGCCAUGCUCAAGCCAGGCGAGCGCAUCCGCGGCUAUGCAGGCAGCCCCUUCUACAUCGCUCCAGAGGUGCUGGGCGGUGCAUAUGGGUUUGAGUGCGACGUGUGGUCGCUGGGCGUGGUGCUGUACGUGCUGCUGGCGCAGAAGCUGCCGUUCUGGCACGACUCAGACGCGGGUGUGUACAAGCUCAUCCUCAAGGGCCACGUGGACACGCGCACCGGGCCCUGGACGGGCAUCUCCCGGGAUGCUAAAGGGCUCGUGCACCGCAUGCUGACGAGCGAUGCCAGCCAGCGCAUUACCUUGGAUGAAGUGAUUGAGCACCCAUGGGUGGUGGCGAAUCAGUGUGAGGUACCAGAAGCACCGCCACCACCAUCAGAAGCGGAGACGAAGCAGGCCAAGAGGCGGCGAGCCAUUGCCCGGUCACGAGCCAACAUCAUCGCCUCCUUCCGCCUGCCCUUCUGCCUCACCCCGCUCACCAAUGAUUCCGUCUACAGUGACAGCGAGGGUGUAGUGUAG